AUGGCUAUCACAAAAGGAAAGCUGACCGACAUCCUCGCUCCCGAAGCUCAACUCUGCGCGCGAGCUGCUGGAGGUCACAAUGCUGUGCCAAUGGAGUUUCAUAUAGGUGGGCACGAACAGGCAACCUUUCACCUGCUUCCCUCUGGACUGAUCAACCCUCAAUGCAUGAACUUCAUCGGUUCAGGUGUCGUCUUCCAUGUGCCAAGUUUCUUCAAGGAACUUGAUGAGCUAGAGGCCAAGGGUCUUCCCUCGGUUCACGAUCGAAUCUUGGUCUCGGACCGAGUUCACAUUAUUCUGCAAAUGCACAUUGCCGUUGAUGGACUGGAGGAAAGGAAGCUCGGAGGCAUUGGCCCUACUUACAGCAAUGCCGCGGCGCGCGAGGGUGUCCAGAAGCUUCGUCGUCUCGAAUCCGGCUACCUAAAACGCUUUGGAGAUCUUUUCGAGUAUGACGUCGAGGGGGAACUUGCCCGUUUCAGCGAGUAUCGAGAAAAACUAGAAAAGCACGCUGUCGAUGGCGUCUCAUUCAUGCAGUCGGCCCAGGAGAGCAACAAGAACAUCAUCGUGGAAGAGGCGAACGCACUCAUGCUCGACGUCAACUAUGGCUCGUAUCCAUUCGUCACCUCGUCCAACACAACACUGGGUGGCAUCAUCAGCGGUCUCACCUUGAACCCCAAGAACAUCACGGAGACGAUCAGGGUAGUGAGGGCCUAUACGACCCGUGUCGGACAGGGAGCUUUCAAGACAGAAGGUACUGGAGAUAUCGGAACUAAGCUCCAGGAGAUUGGCCGAAGACACAGAUGUGAAUGGCUCGAUCUUGUCGUUGUCAAGUACAGCACUUCGAUCAACUACUACACCUCUCUGAACCUCACGAAGCUCGAUGUUCUGGACACUUUCGAGACUAUCAAGGUCGCGAUCGCUUACAAGGUUGAUGGCAUCGAGCUGGAACAUUACCCUGCCGAUCUCGAUAUGCUAGCCCGAGCUGAGGUUGUCUAUCACGAGAUGCCGGGAUGGCAGAAGCCGACAAACGGAGCAAGGACCUUCUAUGAUCUUCCUAAGCAAGCUCGUGAAUCCGUUGAGUACAUUGAGAAGUUUGUUGGAGUCAAGAUCAAGUGGAUCAGCACUGGUCCUGACCGUGAGGCCAUGAUCAAGCGCGCUUAAGCGACCUAUCUUGCACCAUAGAUGGAGGACUUUAGACAAAAAGGUAAAGGUUUCGUUCAGUUGAUCGUAAGUCAAGGAGAUAAGAUAAAAUACAAAAUACAAGGUCGAUUAUGCGUAUGUGAAAGGCAGUUAUAUCCUCGUUGAGCCUCAGUCAAGUAUUCGAGAUAGUCUACGAUCUUCAUAUGCAGCACCGUAGUCAGGGCUUCACAGCAAAGUAACACUGAUAGAGACUUGAGCACAGCAUAUGGCAUAAUGCCACAUAUUCUCACAUGUAUUCCUACUAUGCCUUGCGAAAGGGCAACUGUGAGCUGAUGGCAGUUGAUUGUUUGAAUGUGAGCUUUUGUCCAUCAUUCAUACCAGA